AUUCCGGUAGUCGUAGCAGUUGCUAACCGAUGCUUUUUUUUAGGCAACAUUGGAGCUGUAUUACUUCAGUGUCAACUAGCAUGGCGACGGUGCUGCAGCGUAUCAAGGACAAACGGUUGACAGCUGCACAAGAACGCGAAACUCGAGUGGUUUUUGAGCUGGUGACAGAAGGCUCCGAAGUCAUGACUGUGAAGCAGCUCAAGUUGUGUCUGCGAGCGCUGGGCUUCAGUAUUGCAAAGGGAGAGGCGCAGACACUUGUGUACGAGUUCGACUUCACAGACACAAACACCAUCGGCUUUGCGGACUUUCAGAAGAUCUUUCUGUCCAAAACACUGGAGACUAGCGAACGCGACAGAUUUGAGCAGGCAUUCAGAGCCAUGUCGAAUGAGACCGCUGACAAGAUUUCUCUGUGUCAGCUCUCCUCGGCCUUGCACGCCACAGAUAUUUUUGAAAUUGUUGAUAGACAAGACGAAGGCGACAAACUGAUCGACGGCAACGUUCUCCGUCAUCAAAUGGCCUUACAGCAUUACGCUGAUGAAGAUAUCGAGGCUGUGCAAGGAUUUCUUGAUAAUACAGCCGAGCUACGCAUCUCCAAAGACGUUUUAGCGGCUUUUCUUCGAAUAUAA